AUGAAAUUAUCCUUGGCUAUCCUUGCGCUUUGCGCCAGCACUAAUGCCGCUUUCGCUCCUUCUGUUUCCCAGAGGACCCCUCGUGAUCUUGCCGGAGUCGUCGCUCCUACCGGCUUUUUCGAUCCGGCAGGCUUCGCUGCCCGAGCCGAUGCCGGGACCAUGAAGCGUUACCGGGAAGCGGAAGUUACUCACGGACGUGUGGGCAUGAUGGCCGUUGUCGGCUUUCUUGCGGGCGAAGCCGUCGAGGGAUCGUCGUUUCUCUUUGACUCGCAAGUCAGCGGACCCGCCAUUACUCACCUCAACCAGAUUCCUUCCAUCUUUUGGAUUCUCCUCACGGUGGGCAUUGGUGCUUCCGAAGUCACGCGCGCUCAAAUUGGUUGGGUUGAACCCGAGAACGUCCCACCGGGCAAGCCGGGUCUCCUCCGCGACGAUUACGUCCCGGGUGACAUUGGCUUUGAUCCUCUCGGCUUGAAGCCUUCCGACGCUCAGGCUCUCAAAUCGAUCCAGACCAAGGAACUGCAGAACGGACGUCUCGCCAUGUUGGCGGCGGCUGGGUGCAUGGCUCAGGAAUUGGCCAAUGGAAAGGGAAUCCUCGAAAACCUUGGGCUCUAAGGAAUAUGACGUUCCAGUGUUUUGAACACUAGGCGCGAUGGACAACAGAAUGAUUAGGCUAGCAACGAAAAGAAGCAAAAUACAGUAGAAAUCAAGUAAUUCUCCCACUUUGUGC